UCAGUUUUGUCGCAACUUUUGAACCGGCAUCAGCAUGGUGUGCUCUCAAUUCGUUACGGUGCUUUUGAUUGCGAUAACUGUCUCAAUUGUGGGCAGUCCCACCGGGAGUGAUAACGUAGUGCCCUGCCGUAUUCCCAAUGAAACGGACGAUGGGACUUGCGUCGAUCUGAAAAAAUGUCCUGCGUUCCAGAAGAUCAACCACGUUGAGAUGAUGGCCAACACCAGCAGAGUAAGCUUCAUUCGGGAACUGCAGUGUGGGGAUGACGAACAGGUAAUGAUCUGCUGUCCGCAGAGCAUCGACAGUUACCGAAAGCCGUGGAUAUCAAUGGAUGUUGAGCCGCGAGUUCGAUUUGGAAUUCGGACAAGAACAUCUGUAGGUCAUCUUGGCGAUGCAGACGACAACGAGUGUGGGCUUGUAACAUUUGGAAAUCGCAUCCUUCGUGGAAAUAUUGCCCAAAUUGAUGAAUUCCCUUGGGCUGCUCUGUUGAAAUACAACAAAAGGUUUCCAGGAUGUGGAGCGGUUCUGAUAAGUAGAAAUUUUGUGAUCACGGCUGCUCAUUGUUUGAUUGGAGGGGAGUACAACACAUAUGGCCCACUUGAAUUGGUCCGGUUACGAGAAUACAACCUAUUGGAGGAUCGAGAUUGUGAAGUGCAGGAAGAAAUGCUAGAUUGUAUUCACGAAGGGAAGCUUGAUAAAAAGCCUCUGGCAAUAAUUGUGCACCCAGACUACCAAGAAAGCAGUGCUGACCAUUACCACGACAUUGGCCUCAUUGAAAUUGAUUUGACAGAGGAGUUUUCGGACUUUCUGCGUCCAAUUUGUCUCCCCGAGCAGGGAAGACUUACCGGAUUAAAACGUGAUUGUAUUCUAACAGUCUGUGGUUGGGGUUGGACGGAUUUCUUUCAAGACAGGAAUGGAAAUGCGCUCAGUCCAAUUAAGAUGAAGGCAAAGCUGCCGUUUGUGGAGCAAAGUGAGUGCCAGAAAAAUUUCACUGGUUAUCAGUUGAUAUCCGGCCAGAUCUGUGCAGGAGGGCGUUGGCAGGAUUCUUGCAAUGGUGAUAGUGGAUCACCGUUGAUGUACUUUGACUGGAAGAAUGGCGUCUGGGUGUUGAGUGGAAUUGUAAGCAUAGGACGGAAAGACUGUGGCACGGUUGGCAGUCCCGGGAUUUAUACAAGCGUUGUGGAGUAUCUGCCAUGGAUUAAACUCGCACAGACAAACAGAAACAGAGCAUUAAACUCUCAACGAGAUUCAGCGAAAUGAGUGACCAUCAUGGUGUCAAACAAAAAUUGGAUUUUUGGGUCACAACAUGCAAAGGUUAAGGGGUCAACUUGGUAAAGGUUGAGGGCUUGCUGUAGAACCUUAAAAGUCAUCACUAAAUCUAAUAUUUUUUAGUAUCAACUCGGUUAACUUUGCACUGUACCUUUCUCUAUCAUUUUUUUUUUCAAAAAUUCCCAUAUUAACUUCAACACAAAACAGCGACCCCCUAAACGUUAACUUAUUUGGCACAAAUGCUAAUAUUUCCUAAAGAAUCCAGUCAGGGAUUUUCCAAAAUUUCCAAUUUCUUCUCACCAUCUUAAAUCCUCCAAGUUGUCGCAAUCUAGCAUGUGUGAUUUUGUAUCGAGAAUGAAUGUUCUCAACAAGCUUCAAACAGGAAGCUUAAAACCAUGGAAAAUGUGCCUUAUAUCUUUCUUCAUAUAACGAAUGGUGAAUAAACAGAUUUAUGAACAAAGCAAAGACUAGUUUUU